UCACGUUGCCUAAGGAUGUGAGAGUUAACAGUUCCUGGAUGGCUAUAAAAAUAUGAAUUAGGAGUGAUGGUUCAACAUUGUUUCGUUUGUCGAGAAACGGAAAACCUGAAGAUGAAAACUUUGAUCAAUAUCGCUUUGAUCCUUACUAUUAGUGUGGUUGUACUAAGUAAGCCACCAACACCACCAUUUUGUGAGCUGACAGUUGACCAAUUGACGAAGUUUGUUGCGUGUCAAAGAGAAAAGAUCCCUGUCUGGUUUUUAAGAGAAUUCGAUGAUUGCAAAAAUGAACUUAUGGCUGGAACUACCGACGUCGAAGUUCUGGUAACAAUAUGUGAAGGAGAAGAAACGGGAAGGAUGUUUGGCGCAUGUAUCAGACCCUCAAUUGAUUUAAUAGAGGAAGAGCUGAGGAAAAUUGACGAAGAGUGUAUACGUCAAGUGGAGGCUUAGGUGGAGUUACCAUGUUUGCUCUAUUGAAAGAUAAAAUCAGAAUUUUCUUUGCAAUAAACUCUUGACUUGUAAACAAUGCAUUAAAAAUACACGUAUUAUAA